AAUUAAGAAAGAAAAAAAAACCUAACUAUUGAUUGCCGAGUAGUUCGGAAUUCAAAUUCUCGAGCCGCAACGAAAGGCGCAAAAACGAGAGAAAAAUGAAUGAAUAGUCAGUUCUCGUGGACCCCACCAUAGAAGCCCGUUGGAACAGAGCCCUACUUGAAUUCUAGAAACAGGCACACACACACACACACAGAGAUGACAAAGGAAAAGAAAAUUUUCAGUCUGUUUCCAUGGCGGAUAAUAGGAAACAGAUCUGAGAAUCUUGGUUCUUGAAUAAUUUGCCAUUUUGAUUUAAAAAAACAAACGAGUGACAGGAAAUGAAGUGUUCUGUUUUUUCUUCAAUUCACACACAUUGAAAAAAAGUGUCUUCUAACAUCAUUUUAGAAGCUGAACAGUAGAGAUACAACAAGAAGAAGAAGAACAUGGAGUUGAAGCGCAAAAGCAGAUCAUCUCCAUUUUCAGCUGACAAAGAAAAUCAAAACUCCAAUUGGCUCAAAACCAAGAAUUCCUUAAACCAUGUUCUCUACACAAUGCGCCUAAACUCUCUAACACCCAAACAAACCCAACCCUUAAACCAAAUCCAGCCGGCAUCUCUAUCAGCUGUUCCCCCACAACCCACAAACAACAAAACCCAAGAUUUCACUCAAGCAGAUCACGUUUCUGAUAAAACCUCACUUCUUUCAGAUGAAAUCUUGCUCAAAAUCCUUUCCAAGCUCCCAAGAUCUCAAAGGAGUGCCAAUUCCCUUGUUUCGAAAAGGUGGCUCCAUCUGCAAGGCAGGCUUGUGAGGUCAAUUAAGCUUCUUGACUGGGAUUUUCUGUUAUCAGGUCGGUUGUUUGUGAGACUCCCUAACCUUUCUCAUGUUGAUUUGGUUAAUGGGUGUUUUGUUUCCCCUAGAAAUUCUGGUAUCUUUUGCACUCGCAUGAAAAGCGUGUCUUUCCAUGUGGGCUCUGGUGCUGAGGGUAAAGAUUGGAUUUUUAACGAUAAUUUCGUGUUGGGUGCCGAUGAGGUCGAUAGGGGUUUAAGGGUUUUAGCUGAUGGGUGUCCAAACUUGAGGAAAUUGGUCGUGCUUAACUGCAGUGAAAUGGGUCUCUUGAGCUUAGCCGAAAAUUGUCCUGCGUUGCAAGAACUCGAGCUGCUCAAGUGCAGUGACCUCGUCCUGCGUGGGAUAGCUGCUUGUCAGAAUUUACGAAUCCUAAGGUUGACCGGGAUUGUGGAGGGAUUGUACGAUUCGUUAGUUUCGGAUGUUGGGUUGACUAUUUUAGCACAAGGGUGCAAGAGUCUUGUGAAGCUAGAGUUGACCGGGUGUAAAGGGGGCUAUGAAGGGAUUAAAGCUAUCGGGCAGUGUUGUCAAAUGCUAGAGGAGCUGACUUUUCGGGACCAUAAAAUGGAAAACGGGUGGUUGUCGGCACUUUCAUACUGUGAGAAUUUGAAAAAAUUGAGGUUUGUUUUGUGUAAGGUGAUUGAUGGUGGUGAUGAAGUCGAUAGGGAUUUGGGGUUUUGUUCGGCAGUUGAGAGCCUGCAUUUGGAAAAGUGUCAGUUAAGGGAUAAGAGGAGUUUGAGGGCUUUGUUUCGAGUGUGCUGUACUGUGGGAAUAUUAGUUAUUAAGAGCUGUUGGGGACUGAAUGAUGAUAUGUUCACAGCUUCAAGCGUCUUGAGGAAAGUAAGAUUUUUGUCUUUAGAAGGCUGCUCGAUGCUGACGACACAUGGCCUGGAAUCCGUAAUAACUAGUUGGGAUGAGCUGGAGAGCCUCAAAAUAUAUUCAUGCAACAAUAUAAAAGACAGUGAAGUGAACCCUGCACUCUCUGCUGUGUUUUCUGCUCUCAAAGAUUUGAAAUGGAAACCCGAUACGAAAUUUCAGCUUUCAGCCAAUCUUGUUGGGAGCAACAUGGGAAAGAGGGGUAGUAAGUUUUUCAAGAAGUCUGCUGACUGGAAAUCUUUGCCUGCUUCAUCCAUUUCUGGGAAAAUCAUGGCUAUUGAUGCUCAGCAGGUGCCAUUUGUUAGGGAUUACAUUGUGCAGACAUUCCAGUCUGUGAUUGAAUAA